UUUCUCUAAAUUCUGCACGCACUGAAUCCUCCCCUCUCACUUCCUUGCUAAAAAUACCUUUCUGUGGGUUGCUGCAGAGUUGGCGAGAGAGCUGGCAAGAGAGGGGAACGGAGGGACUGAGGAUCAGGGAACCAAGACUAGUGUGGCAGGGGACAGGACUCCCGGGUUCCCAGUUUCUUUUGCUUCUUUUCGACAUAUCUGAGAGAUUAUUUUAAGGACAAGGGGUGGGGGAGGGGUUCCUACAAUUCUCCUCUAUGAAUGAUGGAUGAUAAGAGAACUUAGAUUGAAACAGGAAGUUAGACCUAAGAAUUACUUGUCUGGGGCGUGAGAAUAGUAGUAGAAUCCCAAGAGUGAAAUCUAGCUGUGGAAUGACUCCUCUCCUCCAACAUUCAGUCCGGGCAUAUUCCUUUGAGUGUCUGGUGUUUGAUCAUUGCCAGCCCCCCUUCCUUACUUGUUCUAAGGACAUGCGAAUCUCUCCAAGUCCUAUAGAUCCUCCCCAAAUCCCCCAGUUUCCCUGCUACCUCCCAGCUGGACACAUACUUAUUCUCAAACAGCACAGAUGGGAGUCAUGGUAACCAUGGAGACAGGGCAGGUGGCAGAGAGAGACAGAUAGUGACAGAGACUGACAGGGAGAGACAGACAGAGGGAGAGAUAGAAGAAAAGGCAAGAGGGAAAUGGCCAGAAGAUUGACAAAAUACAAAGGAAGAAGUACAGAAUCUGAGGGAGCUAAAACCCGGUUAAUACAUAUCGUUUUCAACUUCUUCCUAUUUGCCUCACUGCCCACCCCACUACCCCCAGAGAGAAUUAAAAGAAAGGAAUUGAAGGUUUAUUUUGUGUCCAAAAAAACCCCCAAACCAGAAACCAGACCUACCUGAGUCCACACCUGCCUUCCUCCGUUCUGGCUAAGAGGCCAACUCAGAAGGACUGAAUUCCAUAUCUAUAACUUUCUGCACAUUUUAGAAAUGAGAAAUAUACACUAGGCACCAGGGCUCUGGGCUGGGGGUCCAUUAUAGAACCCACACACCCAAAUAUGUACACAUCAAGCAGGAUACUUGAUCCAUCUUCUCAUAGAACUUGGAUUUAUGAUGUCUGGGCCCAACAACCUUUGAGAGUGUGAUUGUGUCAUGUGUGAUAUGUCAGGUCUAGCACACAGCCACAACACGUCAAGCCCUGGAAAUUGGUAGCUGGGGAAGCCUGGCUAGAAUUUGUGCAGGCAGCCCUGAUGAGGCUAGGGAGAGAAGAGAUAUCCAACUUGGGACUGGAUUCUACAAAUAGCUAGGUUUCACUGGCUAAGAUACGGUAGUCAGGCUGAGAAAACCUGGGGCAGUGGGUUUUGUUUUCUGGGUUUUUUUUUUUAAUCGGAGAUUGGGAAAGGAGCAGAUUUGGUGCCUGCCGCCCCCACCCGCAGAGACACGUCUAUAAAUAGCUCAGCCGAGCUCCGCCCCCCUCCCCUCCCAGAGCCGGCGCUGCGCCCGGGGCGCACGGGAGGAGGGAUCUGGAGCAGGGGCGCCUAGGCUUGAGCAUAGAUACAGUGGGGGCCACCGAGGCCCACCCCCACCAUGUGGGAGCUUACGGACCCGGCUUCUUCACCCAUACUGCACUCUGGCCCGGGUCCCAGCCCAGGCCCUGGCCAGGAAGAGAUCCGGCGGACAUACAGUAUAAGACCCUGGACCCGAGCCGCGACCCCUCCCAGAGCUGCGGCUCCAAGGAAAGGGGGAAGGCACCGGGAAUGUGUGUGCGCGCGCGUAGGAAGGGGGAAGCGGUGGUACUGAGGGGAGGUCUGCGCUCUGGCAAGAGGGAGCACCGUAGCUGCUGAGCUUCAGUCCUCCUCUAGGCACUGUCCCCAUCCUUGUCCCGAAUCUCCCUCUCCACCUCUUCUGGUAGUUUCAGCCGCUGCCUUUCUCCCACCCACCACCUUGGCCAUGCUGCACGCCGAGGGGCACGCUCUCCUGCGGGCAGUGGGGCAGGGGAAGCUGCGCUUGACUCGGUUGCUCUUAGAGGGAGGUGCUUACGUGAAUGAGGGCGACGCGCAGGGGGAGACUGCACUGAUGGCUGCCUGUCGGGCCCGCUAUGACGACCCCGAGAACCGGGCCCGCAUGGUACGCUACCUACUGGAGCAGGGCGCUGACCCCAACAUAGCCGACCGGCUAGGGCGCACGGCUCUCAUGCACGCCUGCGCCGGAGGUGGAGGUGCCGCAGUAGCCACCCUUCUCCUAGCCCACGGCGCUGACCCCUCGGCCCGAGACCACGCCGGCGCCUCAGCUUUAGUACACGCGUUGGACCGCGGUGAUCGCGAGACCCUCUCAGCCUUACUGGAAGCCUGCAAAGCCAAGGGCACUGAAGUCAUCAUCAUCACUACGGACACUUCCCCCUCAGGCACCAAGAAGACCCGGCAAUAUCUCAAUUCCCCUCCCUCCCCUGGGGUCGAAGAUCCACCCACCCCAGUCCCAACCCCAGGGGUCUGCAUGUCGCCUUCUGAAAUCCAACUGCAGACUGGAGGGGGCGGAAAAGGAGUGCUGUCUCCCCGGGCCCAAGAGGAGGAGGAGAAGCGGGACGUAUUCGAAUUCCCUCUCCCUAAGCCCCCAGACGAUCCAGCUUCGUCCGAUCCCCUCCCCAAACCACCCCGCCACCCGCCACCUAAACCACUCAAGAGGCUCAACUCCGAGCCUUGGGGGCUAGUUGCCCCUCCGCAACCGCUCCCGCCAGCCGAGGGGCGACCAGCGACUGACCGAUUGAUUGCCGAAUUUAACGGCCUGGCGCUGACUAGUCGCCCCCGGCUCUCACGGCGUCACAGCACCGAGGGGCCUGAGGAACCACCCCCGUGGGCUGAAAAAGUGACAGGUGGAGGGGCCCUUUCUCGGCGCAAUACGGCGCCAGAGGCCCAGGAAUCGGCUCCCCUACCCGGGCUGAAGCAGAAGCUGAGCCGCAUGGAGCCGGUGGAGCUAGACGGCCCCGGUCACCUAUGCCCAGACUCUCCGGACUCCAGUCGCUUGUCUCUUGAGCGCCGCCGGUACAAUGCUUCCCCGCUGACACUGCCUUCGGCCAGCUCCGUUACUUCACCUGGGCAGUCCCAAGAAAGCCUUCCCGGGGCCGUAUCUCCUUUGAGUGGGCGGAGACGGAGUCCUGGGCUGCUGGAAAGGAGGGGCUCUGGGACAUUGCUCCUGGACCACAUCUCCCACACCCGGCCAGGCUUCCUGCCUCCACUCAAUGUCAGUCCUCACCCUCCCAUCCCAGACAUUCGCCCUCUACCAGGGUGCCGGGCCCCAUCCCUCCCUGCUCCUCAUCAUUCUGGGGGCCUUGGGUCUCCCAGGACUAAGAGGAAAUUAGUGAGACGUCACUCCAUGCAGACAGAGCAAAUUAGACAGCUAGGGGGAUUCCAGAGUCUAGGGGGACCAGGAGAACAAGGGCGUUGAGGGGAUAAGAGGAGCUAGGAAUGACAGAGAUAAGACUAUGACAGGGCAGGUGAGGCCACCAGCUCACAGACACCAUGCACACACCUACUAGAGGCCACUUGUAUUUUGCUCAUAGGCACUGCAUGGUGCACUCUUGGCAGAGAUGCACAUGUUCAGGGGCACAGAGCACUUUACCCAAAAGGUCACCAGACAUCUCAUAUGUACUGGGCAGUCACAUAUAAGGGUCAUGUAUGUGGCUGAUGCAACUGUGCACUUGCAUGUGAGAUCAGUGUAAGCUCACAGGCAUUAUGCACUUGCAUGCACCAUAAGGUCAAAGGUGCUCAUUGGCACAAGGGCCCCCAAACAUACUUGCACUUGUUCAUGGGCAGUGAGAUUAUCUGCCAAUAACUAGUGCCUAACCUAACACCCCUCCCCACUCCAAAAAAAAAAAAAAAGAUCCUUACCAAUCCUUUACCUUCUGUGCUUGCAAUUAUUUAUUUCUAUUUAUUAGGUACAGUGGUACAUGCCCUAUAAUGCAUUUUUUACACACCCAAUUCCAGUGGGAAUGUCUUGACUCUUUUGGGAUCCCCCUUGACCCACCUACUAGAAUGGGUUCGAUGAUCCUCUGCUCUCCCUCCCCUACUUCCCAACCUCACACAACUUGGGAAAAUAUUGCUUUCCAGCCCUCUUGCUGCACCCAGUUCUGCUGCUUCCCUCAUUGCUCCUUCAACUCUUCCCUCCUUUCCUCUAUGAGCCUAGAUACUUCCUUACCCCAAAGCAAUUCAAUAUAUCAGGUUGUCUUGUCUUCCCAGGAGAAGUGGGGCAUGCAGUUCAAACUGCUCUUUUAUGAGCUUCUGUUCUCCCCAAGGCAGAGGAGGACAAUGAUCUUAAUCCCCCACUUGACAUAUCAAAAUAAAGGUGUUCAGAAGUCUC